UUUUUUGUAUAUUUUCCAGACCAGCCUAUGGAGGCCGUCAUUGCCCAGGUGCAACCUAUGAAUAUCAGGUUUGCAAUACAGAAGAUUGCCGGGGUCCCUAUGAGGAUUUUCGGGCCCAGCAAUGUUCCAAGCGAAAUUCCUAUUACACCCACCAAAGCUCGAAGCACACUUGGCUUCCUUAUGAACACCACGAUGAUGCCCAGAAAUGCGAGCUGAUUUGCCAGUCUGAGGAGACUGGAGAUGUGGUAUUUAUGAAUCAAGUCGUUCACGAUGGCACCAGGUGCAGCUAUAGAGACCCAUACAGUGUUUGUGUGAGGGGGGAGUGUGUGCAUGUUGGUUGUGAUAAAGAAAUUGGGUCUCUGAAGCAGGAUGACAAGUGUGGUGUUUGCGGAGGUGACAACUCCCAUUGCCGGACAGUUAAAGGGACUUUGGUGAAAUCUCCUAAGCAAGCAG